CCUUUUCUAUAGACUUGACCCAGUUUUUGAGUAAAUGCUCCGCCCCACUGAACUCAAGCCUUAUUUGCAGCAUUCCUCAGUUUGCAGCAGGGGCUGCACUUUUUUUUUACGGGACCUCAGGCUUUUAAACAGAAAACAUGAUGGAGAUAUAUUUGUUUUCAGUUAUUUUAGCAACUAUCCUCAUCACACCGUUUGCGCUUAAAACUCUGUCCCCUUAUCUGUGGAUGGAUAUUCUGUAUUUUGGGGAUCUCCUGCGCAUUUUGGUGAAGUUUGUCUCGAGGCGAAGAAGGAGACCUUUCUUCUUUGUUUUGGACCGUUUUUUGGAGCAGACCGCCGCGCAUCCACACAAGCCCUUCAUUGUGUUUGAAAAUGAAAACUACUCGUACACUUCCACAGACAAGAGGAGCAACAAGACAGCCAACGCGCUCCAGUCUCACCCCGGAUACAAAGCUGGAGACACCGUCGCACUUUUCAUGGGGAAUGAACCCGCCUUCAUGUUUACCUGGCUGGCUUUGGCCAAAUUAGGCUCUCCUGUGGCUCUCCUCAAUCACAACAUCCGCACAAAGUCUCUGCUGCACUGCUUUAACUGCUGCAAGGCCACAGUGUUGAUUGCAGCCUCGGAGCUAAAGGAAGCAGUGGAGGAUGUGCUGCCCUCACUCAUCGAGCAGGGUGUCACCGUCCUCCUAAUGACAAAACACUGUGACACCCCUGGGAUUGAGAGCUUCUUUGAUAAAGUGGACGAGGCACCGGACACCCCGCUCCCUCGAUCUCUCAGAUCACACAUCACAUUCAAAAGUCCUGCAGUUUAUAUUUACACCUCUGGGACUACAGGUCUCCCUAAGGCAGCCGUGGUCAAUCAGAAUCGCCUCUUAACAGCUUUGGUCGUUUUAUCUUCAAACGGUGUAACAUCCAGUGAUGUCAUCUACCUCAACCUGCCUCUGUACCACACGGCUGGAUUCAUCGUAGGGUUUAUUGGUUCCAUUGAGACAGGAUCAACGAUGAUUCUGAGGAGGAAGUUCUCUGCCUCUCAGUUUUGGGACGACUGCAGGAAACACAGUGUGACUGUUGUGCAGUACAUAGGAGAGGUGAUGCGUUACCUCUGUAGCACACCGAAGAAAGAAAAUGACAAGGACCAUAAAGUACGCCUGGCCAUUGGCAACGGUGUCAGAGCGGAGAUAUGGAGAGAGUUUGUCAAUCGCUUUGGGAACAUUCAAAUCCGAGAGUUUUACGCCUCCACUGAGGGAAAUGUGGGAUUUGUCAACUAUGCAGGGAAAAUUGGAGCAAUUGGACGAGUAAACUUUUUUCACAAGAGGCUGUUCCCCUUCGCCCUGAUCAAGUAUGACACAGAGCGGGAUGAGCCAAUUAGAGAUGCUAAUGGCCUCUGCGUGGAGUCGCCCAAAGGUGAGACAGGACUGCUGGUGUCAAAGAUCACAGACAUCGCUCCUUUUGUCGGCUACGCCAAGAAUGAAGAACAGACGGAGAAGAAAAGACUUCGAAAUGUUUUCAAGAAAGGAGAUCUUUACUUCAACAGCGGUGACCUGAUGAGGAUCGAUAAAGACAACUUCAUUUACUUUCAGGAUCGUGUAGGUGACACAUUCAGGUGGAAAGGCGAGAAUGUGGCAACGAACGAGGUGUCCGACAUCCUGUCGAUCAGUGAUUGUCUCAAAGAAGCCAACGUUUAUGGAGUCCAAGUACCAGGGCAUGAGGGGCGGGUAGGAAUGGCAGCAGUCACUGUGAAGGAGGGUGCUGAGUUCAGUGGAAGCAGAAUAUAUAACCAUGUGGUUAGCUACCUGCCUUCAUAUGCCCGACCUCGCUUUAUCAGAAUACAGAAUGCCGUUGAGGUGACGGGGACUUUCAAGCAAAUAAAGGUGAAGUUAGUGGAGGAGAGUUUCGAUCCAGGACGUAUCCAGGACCCUCUUUACAUCCUUGAUGAUGCAGAGAAAAGUUAUGUACCGCUGACAGCUCAGGUCUACAGCUUCAUCAUAUCAGGACACAUCAAACUAUGAGUAGACUCUCAGUGUUCAUUAAAUGUGCGGGCAUUGAUAGUUUUAAUAAUGAACUUCAGCUCAGUGACUGAACAGAGAUUUUAACUCAUGUUAUUUGUGUGUUGUAAAAUAAUAUGGAGAAAUAGUAAAUGGUUUCAUUAAAAGCAGUAGAUGGGAUCAGAAUAUAAAUGAUAUAUUUACUGCCAAGUGAUAAUAUAAAAAGUACAUUUACAAGCAUGAGGACUUCUGCUUUUACUUAAUUCAGUCUAAAAAUGGUGUUGAGAAGCAACGCUGUACAUAUGAAUGAUCAAAUUGUUUACUGAGAUGCUUCUGACAGCGAGGACAGUGGCUUUUAGACUUUCUCUCAAUUUUUUUUUGCCAGAUUUCUGCCUACCCAGCUUUAAUGCAAUGCUUAUAGGAAAGACUUGAGCAGCAUGUAAUUGCUUAGAGUUACAAAAAAUAUGUAACACAGGUCCUAAUAUGAAUUUCAUGUUUAUGUGUCAAUAUCUGUAAAUAUGAAUUACUUACAUUACUACAUCGCCUUUAAAUUAAAGUAAUUCUAACUUGUUUCCAUGUGUAUAUCACCUCUGAUUUACUCGUAAUAAUCAAAUCAACAGAGACAAAUUCCAGGUGUGACUGAAGGGGGCGACCAUAAGGUGGAGACAAAUACACAUGCAACCAGAGUCUCUGUCCUCAGUGUAAUUGGGAUACACAGCACAUUACAUUUUACAUUAUAUAAUUUAAUGUAGACACCCUAAAAUGACACCUUGAUGUGAUUAUUAAACUUUGUGUUCCAAAACCAUCGACAUUCAUCUGCAGCCUAUUGUCUAAAUUAUCACAGACUACUAAGGCUUCUCUUAGGUGGAACAACUAACGUGCAAAAAAACAUGACAAGCAUGCAUAGGAGUACGUGUAUGCCUCUGUGUUUAGUAUGUUCUGACAUGGACACCAUGUUUAUGCACUCUAGUGGUGUCCAGACACUAUAACGUUGACAACUUUUCUAGGUUAGAAGCAGAGAAUAGCUAAAUAACUGUAGUAAACAUUAUCAGCAACUAAAACUUUUUUUUGCAUGAAUGAAAACAGUAUUCUUCUUGUGGUUAUGCACAUGUUCAAAAGCCUCUGAGAUUGUCACAAUUUCAGACGUCAAUAACUGUAUCUAAAACACACAACUGUGCUGCAAAAGCCUGUAUGGGUUUCUUUAAGGGGGGUGUUUUUCCGUAUCCGUUGUAAGGGUCAGAGGACAGAGGAAUAUCGGAUGUUGUAAAGCCCUCUGAGGCAGAUUGUGAUUUGUGAUUUUGAGCUUUAUAAACGAAAUUGUAUUGGCUUAAAUGUGCAACUGGAGUGAAUGAAACAAGUGACGAGAAGACAGCACUGUUAGUGAGGGAGAGGAGAUGGGCCUGGGGGGGCACUACAGAGGUGUGACAGCAAACCGAUGAUGUCAACUCGCUGUCGGAGAGAGGAGAGAAUGAGAGAGCAGCUCUUAGUAUUAAAAGUGUUUGAAAAGUUAUGCAUCAAAAUCAAUAUGUUUGGCAGCAGUAAUGCACUCUAUGAUUUUCUUAUUUUUCAUGUUGUAUGACAGUAUGGACUCGGGCAUUACCAUCUAAAAUCAGACAUCUGACAUUAAGCAAUGAAAACAACGAACAAAAACCCUGUCCGGUGGCAUCACUUUCACACACUGAAAAGAUACAGUCAUCAUAGCAUGAGAGCUUUACUCAUUAUUGUUUUCUCAAAUUACUUUCUUUAAAUAUAUGAACAGUCUAGCCCAAGAGCCUCUUUUCAGAUAUAUCCACAGACAAGACAGUGACAGCGUAACUGGGGGCAUGUUGAAUGGCAGCUUUAAAUACCACAUUGUAGAUCGAAAUUUGGACAGUCAGCUUUCUCCAUGUCAACUCUGGAAAACAUUCCCCACUGAAAACAAUUAAAUUCCAGAUAUGAAGUCCUUUACAACAAAGUUAAAGUGCUGGCUAAAGCAAACCAGAGCUGUACCCAUUUUUAGCUACUUGUAUUGUAAAUUCAGCCCAGUUGGUGGAAGAAAAUGUUGGAAUUGUAUGUUUCUGCGAACAACAAAUACGUUGGCAUGUUUCAAGCAUAUCAUAUCACUUGGUCAUCUGAAAGUGGAGGUGAUGGUGGACACUAUGACAACUGGUUGAGAGGUCUGCCAAGCUGGAGAUCACUGUUCAAAAACAACAACACCAGCUGUGUUUGCUGACCCUUCGCGACGUUUCCACUGGUGUUUGUGGCAUGGAACCUGGGUGUUUUUCAUUGACUUGUCCCUGCGUUUUCAGCGGGUUUUGUGCUGCCAAGCAUGGGUGUUUUGAGCCAAACAUGAUCUUUUCCUGACCAAAACCAAGUGGUUUUUGUGCCUUAACCUUUUGCCUGAUGAAGAUCUAGCUACUGAAACAUCACAAUAAAUGUAUCACUUGCAAGUUAGACAGUGUGCAGGAGUUUGUCUGCAAAUUGUGUCCUGCUCCUCCCACUCCUCUGCACCUGUGUUAGACUUCACCACAGCAUUGAGAAAUGUUUCAGUGUAUAAGCUACAAAAUAAUGUACAGAUGUAACAUAUCCAUGGCUUGCAGAAACAUACAAGUAUUUUUUUGGGCAAUUACCAAAGUGUAUUGUGGUAUGUGUAUCUUGUGGUUUUUAUGAUACUGAAAGCUGUAUAAUUAAAUAACACUGUAAAGCCCAAUGAGGACGAGAGCUAAAUAAAGGCAAUAGCUAUAAACCCUGCAGCACAUCUGUUUCAUGCUCUGGAUUCGAACAAUGUUAAAUUGCAUUGCACCUAUCAAACAAAUCUAUUCAACUCACCUCAGCCCCUGAAAAUUUUUAAUGAUUACAAAAUAAAUUGCAGAUUUCCUGUUGCAGGUAGAACUUGUAUAAAAACUACCAACAUAGGUCAAUUUGAAUCAGUUUCAAUUUAAACAUCAAUUCAAGCAUCACUUUUUCACCCAUUACACAACAGCAAAUUCACCUACACACAGGGAAAUAAUAAAUACAUAAACAAACCAUGACAAACAAAACCUCUAAUCUAAUCUAAGCUUAGAGGUGCACUAUUGUUGCACAAGUUCAGUGUAAUAUUCACUCCACCACCCUGAUGGAGGGAAAGGUGUUUUUAUUUUUUUAUAGUCAGUCUGUAGCUUUAGAUGAAAAAAUAAGUUAAUAUUUGAUUUGAUUGUUGGAGCUCUUGCUUGGUGUCACAGUGAAGUCAGUCCAGAGGUAGGACCAGGUCAUUGUUUUGCAAGUAAGUAAGUGUCAAGUCUUGACACUCAAAUCCCAACUCAAGACUGACAAGUCCAGAGUCCUAAACUUUGAGUUCCGGAUCCUAAAGAAGUCUAAAUGUGCUCUUCGACCACCACAUAGUUUCUGAAUGUUAACAAAAUUAUCUUUGGUAUCAUUUGUUUUCCCCUAACUGGUGCUCAUUAACGUAAUGUUAGUUCUUCCUGGUUCUUGGUUGUUAUCAUCAAGCAUACUGUCCAUAAAUCUAUUCCUGUCCUCCUAGAUUUAAGGGCCGCAUUCGACACCAUUGACCGUGACAUCCUUCUGGACUGUCUCCAAACCUGGGUAGAUAUUAAUGGCACAGCUCUACAAUGAGACUCAGAUCUAUUUAAGUUGUGAUCCAACAAAAAACUAUCAGAACAAACCUAACCUGCUAUUUUAUGACAUUCACAAGUGGCCAUCACAACAUUUCCUGCAGCUUAAUCUAUGUCCCACUCAGUAACUCCACAUGUAACAGGCAGAACUUCACAGGGCGUCUGGAAACUGUUAUUCAUGCACUCAUAACAAGUCAGUUAGAAUACUGCAAUUCCUUGCUCUCUGGCAUCAGUACAAAAUCCCUCUCACGCCUCCAGCUCAUCCAGAAUCUUGACUUGGACAAGAAAGUAUGACCACAUCACACCAAUUCUGGCUUCCCCAGAGUGGUUAUCUAUUGCUCUGAGAAUGGAUUUUUCAGAUUUUAUUGAUUACUUACAAAACCCUUAGAGGCCUCGCUCCAAGAUUUAUAACAGAUCUUUUAUUGCCUUGUAAUCCCUCUCUCGCCUGAGAUCCUCAGAUGCAUCUUUUCUUGUUGUUCCAAGGUCUAGAUUAAUUCACAAAGGUGACAGAGGCUUUGCAGUCAAAGCUCCUCGACUCUGGAAUGACCUGCCUGAGGAGAUCAGGGCUG